AGCAUUAGCAUAAAUUUGGUUAGAAUAGAAUAUUUACGUUGAUUGGUAAUUUAAGUUUUGUGUCCAUAACCUAGUGUGCAUUUUUGUUUGUAAAAUAUGAUUUAAGUUGUUGAUUUUAUUUAAAUAAUUAAUAAACAAUUUUUAAGAUAAAUUUUUUAGCUUUAAAUUAUGAAUAAAUCCAAUAAAAAACGAGAAAAUAAGAGCUCAAAAGAUUCUAAAUCUACAGAAGGGAAUCCUAAAGACCAACGUGAACGGAAACCAAGACCAGUAAUUCCAACAAACGUCACUAUAAAUCCAAAAAAUGAAACAGUUGAAGUUGACUUUUCAAAUCUUAAAAAAGAAACUGACGAAAUAAAGAGAUUAACCGAGCCGUCGAAAUAUUCAAAACGAGAAAUUUCUAGUAAUUGGUCGAGAUAUGAAAAAAAUGAAUAUGAAGAUGAAUUUACUUCAGCGGCUGAUUUUUCUUCACUAUUGCAAGCUCCAGUAUCCGGCGGUGGCCAUUUUCAAUUUAAAUCAGAAAAACAUUGGGAUGAAAAAAUUAAAUCGCACUAUAGUGAAUAUUUUUCUUUAAAUUUAAAAACAAUUAAUGAUGGUAUUUUAAGUAUCCCAUUUUAUGAGAGGCAUUGUAUUAAUUCUGCUUUAUUAAAUGAUAAUCAAAUUAUUCAUAUGAAUAAUGAUGCACUACGUUAUCAAAAUAAAUUAAAUAUUAAUGAAAAGAAAAAAUCAAAACAAGCUGCGACUACAGAAACAACAGCUGAUAAAGGCAUAAUAAUUAGUGAUCAAUCAAUUGAAGACGAUCAGUUGAAUAAUGAUAACAAAGAUGAAUUUGUAGAUAUUGAUGAAAUUGCAGAAAAAUUUGUUCAUAAAGUUAAUACAUUACUAAAUGUUGAUGAUUUAUUAGAAUUAACUGAAGAUUCAAAGUCAAUUGAUCAAGAAAAUAAUGAAUUAAAAAUUAAACAACACGAUAUAUCGGAGCCAAACUAUAUUGACGACAAUUCGAUAAUGGGUAACGUUACGGAGAGAAAUUUUCAUGAAGAACCUGCCUGUAAAGAACCCAAAAAGAUGACCAAUACAACUGUAGAUCUGGAACAAUGGUUGGACAAUAUAUUAGAUGAUUAAAAUUAAUUCAUUUCAGCACAUUUUUCGUGUAAAAUUAUUCUAUUAAUAAAUUAUUAUAAUAUAAUUAAGUUGUUAUUUGUGGUAAAAUAAACUUGAAGAUUUGGUGAAAUUGUGCGGAAAAGAUGAUUUUGGAUUGUGGCACGUUACUAAACAGCAACGGGGACACUACGAUUAUCGAUAAAACCUGACGGUUUCGGAUUAGUAGGAUUGUAUAAAAAAAUACAUGUGUAUAUUUUUCGGACUGAAUAAAAGACGGUUUUAUAUUUUGCUAAAAAUUCGAAUAAAUCAUAUGUAAC